AUGCACCACUACACUGGAAUCCUGCUAGCCGGCAUGGGCCACAGAGAGCGAGACAACGUUCCUGACUCCUGCAAGUCCUUCGAGCUGACCUGCGCCCCUCCACUACCAAGCUCACCCUGGUACCUCUCAGGUGGGCGCAGCUACUCCCCUUGGUUCAACGGCAAGACGGGCUCGGCCAUGGGUAGCUGCGGGCAGUCCCUCGCCAUCGGCCUGGAGUGCGCUAGCGGAGGCUGGUCGCUGGAGAAGAGCUGCAAGCUGGUGCGACUCCACUGCCGCCGCCCUGCACUUUACGGCGACGACUCCGGUGCUAACUUCGGUGACUUCGACAUGAGCUUCGCCGAGCCCAGGUCGACCGACUGGAUCAGCAGCAGCGGUACCCAGGAGAUGAUCAUGCAGUUCCAGCUCAAGGAAAAGUACGACAAGGAGUUCGACAACAACGAGCACCGACCAGUUCAGAGACUCACCUGCCGAGGACAGUCCUGUGACGAGUUGAAGGCUGCAAUGCCGACGAAGCUGGGAAGCUGGGGCAGCUACGUGGAUGUCCGGGGCACACCUACAAUCUGGACAACUAAGUUCAUGGAGGACGUCGAGAUGAGAUGUCCGCCCGGCCACUAUGUGGCCAACAUCAAGUGUCAUGAGUCCUUCUGCAAGAAGAAACAGCUCCUCUGCGCUCUGCCCGAUUACUCUGCGGGCAACUGGUUUGUCACAGGUGGCCUGUACUACUCCCACUGCUUCACCAACCAGCUUGCCAUGGCUACGGUGGGGCCCCAAAGUCCCUGCUUCACCGGCAAAGCCUCCUUCCUGACCUGCUGCUUGGAGCACGCUGUCGCGGGCUGCCCAGCAGGCAAGGAAGCCCAGGCGCCCAGUCGCUGGCUCAUUGAAACUUUCCGGUGCUGGGCUUCCACCGGUGGCAGAGGCGCCGCCUAUGCCAGCGGACCCCUCAGGCAGAAUCCCGUCUGCUUCGGAGAGGGCUUUUCGGCCCAGCGCUGCUGCAUCUGGCCGCCUGCGGGGGCGGUCGAAAAUGCAUUGGCCGCAGGCCGGGAGACGUGGCGGUCGCUUGGGGAGACCUACCACGCGCUGUGCACGGGCGAGGCACAGCAUCCUGCUGGAGUCCAUUGCGUUCCUUCUUGGUUCGCCGGAGACUCUCGGGCGCUCCUGGGCCACCUCCUAUACUGCGGUCCCAAGGUGAACGCGUUUGCCUACCACCUGCUGAUGAUGGUCGGCCUGAACUAUGCGAUUUCCUUGCAUGAUCCUCCCAGCGGCCCACUCACCGACAGCGACACGCUGGCAAGCUGCUUUCGCUUCUACGACCGGCGCCUGCGUGCGGGUCGAUUCCGUGCGCUGGCGGCUGGUGCCGUCGUGCUCGUCUCUCCCAUGAUUCAAGAUUUCAACAUCUUGGUGGAAGGUUUGGGGCUUCACUCCUCAACUUUCUUGGUUCAUGGCGAUGCACGCGCGGGGGUCGUUGGCUUCCCCACCUCCUCAAAGGGCACCUGGGCUUGGCCCGUGCUGCAGCUACGACAUGCCUUUUGGAAGCUCUCUGUUGUCCCAUAUCCUUUUGGAUAUCGCUCUUGGGCCCAGCCGCAUAAUUCUGGCGACCUGUCGCACUGCUUCGGGGGCGACACCACGAGCGGGACGCGGGUGUACAACUCCUCCGUGCUGCGGAGGCUUCUUGACUCGCCACAGCAGACCCCAGAGCUGGGGUCUGCGUGGCUGCUCGGCCUUGAUCUAAGACUGAAGCGCCUUAGAGGCACAGCCAUCACUUGUGUGACUUCGAGCGGCACCAUUGUGGAAGAGGAGUCCUACCUGCUGCACACAGCGCUUGGGGCAUCCCUGUCCAGGAGGUAUGACAUCGAAGCAGCAAGGUUCCACCCAGACAUGGAGGUGCAAACCAGGUGCAUCAAGCCAUGGCGCGGGGAUGAGGCGCUGCUGGCGAAUGCUGUCGGCAUGGUGGUUCCGUAUUGCGUGCGGCUGGCCCUGAAGCGAGCCAUGCAGAAGCUGAAGGAUGUCUUGGAGGUGGUCCGCAGCCCCAGGGCCAUGCUCCUACCCGUUUUCGGAAGCUCAGUGAGCAUUCUCCGGCUGGGCGGGCCCAGAGGCGAAGUGAUCCCCUGGGAUUACGACGCCGACUUUGUGCUGAUGCAGCCUGGCAUAGAUGUGAGCAAGCUCCAGAGCCUUUUGGAGGGCGAUGGCUUUACCGUGAGCUACGGCGAUGUGGGGACGCCCUACAAGGGCGAUUCAGGUGGGGAGGUCCACCUUCAGGCGGAGUAUCACGAUCCAGAUCUGAAUGUCACUGCCGACAUCGAUCUCUGGGUGUCCUUCAAAAGCUUGGGCGUCAGUGCGACGCUGCCCCGCACGGAGUCGCAGCUGUACUCACUGCCCGUGACAGCUUCUGGGCUUCUUCCAGGCAUUUGUUUUGAAACUCCCGCUUUAGCAGCAAUGCCUUACUCCAAGUGCAAGAUGUGCCUUGUGCGACGCGACCGCUGCAAAUGCGAACACACACCUAUCAUUGCAUUAGCAACGAGCGCUACGUCUUCUCAGAAGAGCAAGCCGUCUCCACAAAGCACACGUGCUCUGGCCACCAAGAAGAACAUCAUGAAGUCCAAGCCACAGGUUUCAGCCAAGAAGUCAAGUAUCUCGGACGCUAAGCCCGAGAGUGUUAUCCCCGAUACCGCGGAGCCUAAGACCGGGAACGUGCCGACAAAGUCCGAAGCCAUCAUCUUGCAGGAGAUUGAACUGGAGAGGGUGCGCUUGGCGCGUGUACGUGCCGAAGCUGACAUUUUGAAGGCUAAAGCUAUCCGUGAAAAGGCGAAAUGGGAUCGACAAGACCAGAAAGCUCGUGAGGCGACUUGGUGGAAUGGUUGGGGACAAAGCCGCGGAUCAUGGUGGCAGGCCAAAGGCAAAGCGAGCCACAGGGAGUCUGCUGAGCGGUGGAGCGGCGAAGCCCUCCGAUCAGCUCAGAAUGAUGGGGUUAACUAA